AAACACACACGUGUGUAUUGUGUCAGUCACACAGAAUCAGUGUGUCAGUUUACACUUUUUUUUAAUAUUACUAUUUUUUCUCUUGUGAAAAAAAAUUCUUUCUUUUGAAAAAAAAAUGAGCGAAUCAGCGGUUACCCCAUCGAAUGGGGCAAAAGACGAAGUUGAUGACUCAAAAACCGAAGAAGUGAUCAAACCGAAUUCCGAACAAUCCAACGAUAAUAAGCCGACACAAAUGAAAAAAACCAAGUACGACGGUCGAAGUAAAAAGCGCGCUUGGGUUUUCAAUCGACGUGAUGAUGAUGCAAAGCGUGUACGAACCAAUCCCGAAGAUCGUGUCAAGAGACGAAAGUAUCUAAUGGUAAUGGGAUAUGCAGGCUCGAAUUAUAUUGGAAUGCAACGGAAUCCCGAUGUAAACACCAUUGAGGAAGAACUAUUGAAGGCGCUGUUCAAAAACAAUCUCAUCACAGAAGAUGCAUUUCAACAGCCACAAUAUUCACAUUUUCAACGGGCUGCGCGCACCGACAAAGGAGUGUCGGCUUCACGGCAAUGUGUUUCAUUGAAAUUGCCGGACCAAAUUGAUUUGGAUGCAUUGAACAAGGAUUUGCCAUCGGACAUAAAGGUUUUUGGCGUGAAACGUGUAACAAAGGGAUUCAAUUGCAAAGAUCAAUGUAAUGCAAGAACAUAUUCAUAUACACUUCCAUCCAUUUCGUUUGCACCACAUGAUCAAUCGGUUGAUAUGAAAACGUAUCGAUUGGACGAUGCAAUUUUAACCAGAGUCAAUGAAACGCUCGCAUUAUUCGAAGGUACAAAGAAUUUCCAUAACUUUACGUCACGAAAAAAGUACGAAGAUCCAUCGGCGCGACGAUUUAUUAUUAGUUUCAAGUGUAAGCCACCAUUUAUGGUGGAUGAUGUGGAAUUUUGUAAAAUAAUUGUAAAAGGUCAGAGUUUUAUGAUGCAUCAAAUACGAAAAAUGAUUGGAUUAACAUUGGGUGUUGUACGAGGGAUUGCAAAUAUUGACACAAUCGAAAAAUCAUUCGAAAAGACACGAAUCGACAUCCCAAUGGCUCCUGGAUUGGGUCUGGUUUUAGAAGAAGUGCAUUACGAUGGAUAUAAUGCACGUUUCAAAGACGAUGGACUACACGAACAACUUGAAUGGAGCGAUUUUGAGCCGGCGAUCAUAGAAUUUCGUGACAAUUUUAUUCAUUCGGUCAUUAAGGAAACGGAGUUAAAAGAACAACCCAUGUUAACUUGGUUAAAAACAUUACCGUUGCAUACAUAUGAGGAAAGACCGGAAGACACACUAAAAAGUGAACAGGUCGAUUCUGGAAGUGAUGGCAAGGAAACGACAACCACCACUGAAAUUAUUGAUUCAAUUGCUGAAGAUGAUGAAAGAUAAACUUUAGAUUUAUUCAUUUCAAAACAUUUAUUUCAAGAGAAUUAAAGAUAUAUAUUUUGUUGAAUAAAAAAAAAAGAAUUUUAAUCAA